AUGGAGCCGGCGGUGCUGGCCUCGCACAACCUCCCGCACCACGAGCCAAUCAGCUUUGGCAUCGAUCAGAUCCUGAGCUGCCCGGAACCCCCCGGGAGCGGCCUAGGCCCCGGUCGCUCAGGCCAGGGCCAUGGGGAGAGUGCGGCAUUCUCGGGUGGAUUUCACGGAACCUCAAGCUACGGUCCCGCGGGUUCGCUGGCCCCGCUACCUGGCAGCUCCGGCAUGGGCCCAGGCGGCGUGAUCCGCGUCCCGGCGCAUCGUCCAAUGCCAGUGCCGCCGCCCGCGGGAGGCGCGCCGGCAGUGCCUGGACCCUCUGGCUUGGGCGGAGCCGGGGGCCUAGCGGGACUCACCUUCCCUUGGAUGGACAGCGGCCGCCGCUUUGCCAAGGACCGGCUCACGGCUGCACUCUCGCCCUUCUCCGGGACGCGCCGCAUAGGCCACCCCUACCAAAACCGGACCCCCCCGAAGCGGAAGAAGCCGCGCACGUCCUUCUCCCGCUCGCAGGUGCUGGAGCUGGAGCGGCGCUUCCUGCGCCAGAAGUACUUGGCCUCGGCCGAGAGGGCAGCGCUGGCCAAGGCCCUGCGCAUGACCGACGCCCAGGUCAAGACUUGGUUCCAGAACCGGCGCACCAAGUGGCGGCGCCAGACGGCGGAGGAGCGCGAGGCGGAGCGGCACCGCGCGGGCCGGCUGCUCCUGCACCUGCAGCAGGAUGCCCUACCACGGCCUCUGCGGCCGCCGCUGCCCCCGGACCCGCUCUGCCUGCACAACUCGUCUCUCUUCGCGCUGCAGAACCUGCAGCCUUGGGCCGAGGACAACAAGGUGGCUUCCGUGUCCGGGCUCGCCUCGGUGGUGUGA